AUGGGAGUUCGGCCCUUCCCAUCGCCCCAGUGGUUUCGAUCUGUCGUGGAAAGGGUGAUUUCUAGAGCCACAGAGGAGCUGGCCCUAGACAUUCCUUGGGAGCAUCGUGAUGAGGUCGAUUUGGAGGUCAUCGGUGACAUCGAGGCCCUAAAAAAGUAUAUCUGUGUCGAGCUAGAGGAGCGAAGAGAGUCUUCGAGAGAGGGACGUCUACAGAGGAACGUCCUUCGUAGGCAGCUGUGGGGCGAUCCUUUAUCGGUGGUAGCGAUUGGUCUGGACGAGUCAUUUUGGAGCCGUUAUGCUGCAGCAAAAGCCGCGCUAUAUCGUUCACGGAGAGGAGCUUCGUAUGGUGGAUCCUCGGACGCUGAGGUUCGAGUGCCUACCCCGGGUACUGAGGCACGGGGAGCCAUGCAGUCUACUCCGUCGAAGGUGGAGCUGAGCGAUUAUGUGAACCAAGACGUGCAAGAAGGCCGUCCGACACACAGGCAGCAGUCACAGUGCUCGGUCCAAGGUCCGAGCUGGAGCCACCCAGGGAGGGCUUCUGUCGACAUGCCCGCGCCGAUCUCUGCCCACGGCUCGGAUUGUCUCGAUCCUCUCACUUCGAAGAUCGACCCAAACCACAGAGAGAGUGGGUUGAAGCCAUCGGUCAAGGAGGAUUGGGCUUUUGGAAAAGCAGCUCAGAAGACGAUUUCCGACAACCUCACCGAGGCCUCUUUGGAGAAAAUCCGCAAGGCAGUGAAGGCUGCAAAGCAGCCGCCAGGCGCUCCAAUCCGAGUGGGUGCCGCGGAAACAUUGAGCUCAUUCCGAGUCUUCUACAGAAACCAAGCUAUGAUAAACGGUUGGUCGAUUGUCCAUGAAUUCUACUGGCUCUCGCAUAACAUCGAGACCAAGCUUUGGUUGCAGAUAUGUGGAGUCCGACCCAAUCUUUUGCCAAACCCCUUGAGCCGUGCCUGUUAUGGGCAAGCGGUGAAAUUCCUUUGGGCCAGUCUCGACCGACGAUUUGGCCGGGAUAAGGAGGUUGAGCAAUUGCAGGCUGAGUCGUUGACGCUAACACAGCGUCCUAGCGAGAAGCUUCUGGCCUAUCUCGGCAGGAUUAGUGACCAUCGGUCGAGAUCGCACUAUGCGAGUCUCGUUCGGAAGGAUUCCGAGUGGAUCGCAGCGGCGAGAUCGGGUAUAAGAGACCCCCUCAUGAGAAGGCUCAGUUAUUUACCUGUCGAUCCUCAACUGUUGAAGGAUAGUGAUGGUCUAGAGAGUGCUCCAAUUGGAGAGUGGGAAGCUUGGCUCAUCUCCAUGGAGAAGCUCACAAUCAACGAGAGUGAGAGCGUGGAGGCAUUCGCUGGCCAAACCGUGGACCAGCCUGCAGGAGGGUCAGCGGUGUCGAAAGGAGGCGGCUCUCGCCGGGGGCGGCGGUCUCCUUUCAGAGGGAAGUGUUUCGGUUGCCAGAAGUUUGGUCACAGAGUAGCUGAGUGUCCUGAAAAGGGCAAGGGAUCCACCAGGCCAGAUUCGCGAAAAGAGGAGACGGAUUCGGCCGUUCCGGCUGUCGCGAAACCUCAAGAGGCAGCCGCGGUCGAGGCAGCUCAGGACGGAGGAAAACAGGAGGCCGACGACUGUGAAGUGCACACUUCAGCUUAUGCCAUUGAAUGUUCAUGGGCAGAAGGCUGCCAAGAGGCGUCUCCAAGGCGAUCCUGGGCCAUAGCGGAGUCGGAUAAUCCUCCGAUCCUACAGCUUAAGUUCGGAGAGCUCUACAGAGAGGGUCUGAUCGACACGGGCUCCGCAACCUCACUAGUCGAUCAGUCUACUGCUGAUUCUUUAUGCCAGCUCGGUCAUGCGGCGUGGGUCCGGUCGCGAAUGCGUGUUGUCGUCAAAUACGCCGAUUCCAGAGAGGAGACCGCAAAAGGGGAGGUGAUCCUUCGGGCAGUUGUGAACGGCAGCACAUGCUAUUUCCCUUGUUUGGUCGUGGGAAGGCUCGGUCGGCCGAUUAUAGUGGGUAGGCGUGGUCUGAGGUUGCUCGGAUUGGAGCUCAAAUUCCGGCAAGAUGACGAAAACGAGAGGAGCUCGCUUCGAGACGCUUUCGAAGAAGCCUGCGGCACGGUGCAUGCGGCGGGUGAUCAAGCAGACUGUGGGCAAGUCGACAUCGAGACGGCCAUCGAGUGCUACAACACAAACGGAGAGCUCUACGUGGCCGACCUCCCGACCAUGGACGAACCGGUUCCAGACCAGCACUACGUGAAGGAUGUGGUUGAUCGGAAGGUGCGGCCUGCUCUGAAUCGCGCUCUGAGUACCGAGGUCGUUAAGGAGGAGGACGCAGAGCGGCUGGUGUCGUCACUACUCGGUGAAGUCUCGCGGAUCGCUGAGCUUCCUGUCGCUGCGGGAUACACACUUCGGCUCCAGAGACUCGAGACCGAUGACCCGGAGCCCGCAGAGGACGGCCAGGAAUACCGCUUCGUUGCAAGCUGGCAAGUGAAGGAACCAGAAACAAAGGAGGGAGUUUGGAACAGCGCUGGUCUCAUUCACAAGCUAGGGGAGAAGGAACGCGAGGAGUUCCUCAAGAACUGCGACUACUAUGUCAGCAAAGGCUACUGGAAAGAGAAGGGGCUUGAUGAUAUUCGGUUCAGAAGUAGCCCGACGGGAAGCCCCCUUACGGGGGUCAUUUUCCCUGUGAAGCAGGACCCAGCGAAGACCACGGCGAUAAGGCCAGUGUGUGAUUUGAGAGGGAUCAACGAGGUGUCGCCAAGGAUUUCCAACGCCCAGCUGACUACCAGCGACGCCGUCAUGAACUUGCGAGCCAAUCUUAGAUCCGGGUAUAUGGUUGCCCAAUACGAUCUCUCGAAGGCCUUCUAUUCGGUGGAAGUCGCCAUUACUGACCGCCUCGGGGAGCGUGUUCCUCUAGAGUUGAGCGUAGGGGGCGUCGUCUACCAGACUCGCAGGCUUGCCUUCGGGUUAAGUUGUGGCCCCUUGAUGCUUAAUUCUACCCAAAGAAUAGACCUCAUGGUUGUGGAGGCCGCCUACGACGCCUUGUACGGUCAGGAUAGUGUUAAUCCUGCUCCGAAAGUGGUAGUGGUGAUGGAUGACUUUUUGCUCACUGGAACAGAGGUGGCCAUACAACGCUUCGAGCGCCUUCUCCUCUGUUGCUGGCAGAAAACAGGAUUCUGCUGUCCGGUCGACAAACGAGCUCGUUGGGGCACCACUGUCCCAGUCCGAUGGCUAGGAGGCUACUGGUUCUGGGACUCUGCGAAUGGCGAAUUGUCUCUGACUCGACCCGAGGUUACCUUCAAGAAGCAGUUCUCCGAUCGGAAUAGUGCCGAAAAUCUGUCGAAACGGUUGGUCUUUAAGCAUGGAGGGCAGUUCAUCGGCAUAUCGUGCGGAGUUUCCGAGGCACUGGCCCGCAGUCAUGCCGAUUGCGCGAGAGUUCUGGCUUCGAGAUCCGACUGCUGGGACAAGACCGGUGGCGACUGGACUGCUGAGGCUUGGCUGCACCUAUCCCUUGCCUGCAGGUAUUGGGAGCAUGCGAGGGAGAACGAAGAUCGUUGUCUACCUCUAUUUUCGAAGGUCACUGAUUUCCGAGCUGAGAUUGAUGCAUCCGGAGUUGGUUUCGGUUACGUCUGGAAAGAUAACUCUACGGGUCAGGUUCUCGCUUGUGCGGCUCGUAUACAGUCUCGGAGUAUGUUCAUUGCAUCGUGGCAUGUAAACAGGCGAGAGCUUUAUGCAAUCGCGUGGUGCCUACAGAGGUUAGAGGACUGUCUGAUCUUCUUCCCUGCCAUUCGGUCCUUAAAGUUGCUAUCCGACAGCGUGGUCGCCGUUCGUCAGUCAGAUGUGUGGACUGUGCCUUGGUGCAAGAGCGUUGAGCGCAAGGCCAUUCUGAGAUUACGCGGUGUGAUCUGUGACGCUGUUCAUGGCAUGGCUGUUCGCAAACCGCCGGUCGAGGUCACUACUGGUCACGUCGAGGGAUCGAUGAACAAGAUUGCCGACGCACUUUCACGCACCGCUGUCACCAAGAAGUUCUUGGAGGUCCCACUUUGGUCUGCCUCGGCUGACGAAGAAGUCCAGGUUGUAGACUGUCAUUAUGCGGUGGUUCAUUCGUGGCUACACGAUGGCAGUAGCGGAGCCUUAGCUCUGCCGAGUUAUAGGUCUUGGCUCAUGUUGAGAAAGGCUUUCCGAGGGUGGGGCGGUAGAGACACGGUCGGUGACGAGGAUGCGCCCUCUGCUCAGUGGAUGAUCCUACGCCAGUCCGAGGAUGCCUUCUGUCAAAGCAUUCUUGACCAAGCCGAUGACGACGGUUAUGUCACAUAA